GCCACUGGUUAAUGUUUACGACUUGUCCGGCGCUUGCACAAAAUCCUCAAUCAAAAUUCCGGCCGUGUUCAAGGCGCCAAUGCGCAAUGAUGUGGUGAACUUUGUUCACGAUAGUCUAUUGAAGAAUUCACGUCAGCCUUACGCCGUCAGCGCUAAGGCUGGUCACCAGACAUCGGCGGAGUCGUGGGGCACUGGUCGAGCGGUUGCGCGUAUCCCGCGAGUGCGUGGUGGUGGUACGCACCGGUCAGGUCAGGGCGCAUUCGGCAACAUGUGUCGCGGUGGUCACAUGUAUGCCCCAACAAAAGUGUGGAGGCGUUGGCAUCGCCGCGUUAAUAUCCAACAAAGGCGUUUUGCCAUGUGCUCAGCCAUCGCCGCCACGGGGGUUCCUGCCCUAGUGAUGGCGCGUGGGCACCGCGUAGAUCGUGUUCCGGAACUUCCACUCGUUGUUUCCGGAGAAGUGGAGAAGCUGAAGAAGACGAAGGAGGCAGUUAAGGUUCUGAAGAAACUCCGGGCGUGGUCUGAUAUCCAGAAAGUUUAUCAGUCCAAGCGGUAUCGUGCUGGAAAAGGCAAGAUGAGGAACCGCCGGCACGUAAUGAAACGUGGUCCGAUUGUCGUCUACAAGAAGGACGACGGUGUGACGCGUGCAUUCCGUAAUAUACCCGGCGUGACGUUGCUGAACGUCAAGUACUUGAAUAUUCUCAAGCUCGCCCCAGGUGGGCAUAUGGGAAGAUUCACUAUUUGGACUGAAGGUGCUUUCCGGUCCUUGGACAAAUUGUAUGGCACAUGGAAAACGGGAAGCACCCUCAAGAAGGGCUUUCACUUGCCAUCUUCAAAGAUGGCCAAUACGGACCUAAAUCGACUUCUGACAUGUCGUGCCGUCCGUAAUGUCCUUCGUCCAAAACGAAUGGGUUGCCUUCGGAAACGACGAAGUGUGAAAAAGAACCCGUUGAAAAAUAUGCAGGUUCUUAUUAAAUUGAACCCAAAUGCCCGUGCUGAACGCAAUGCUCGUGUUGCCCAAAAUAACUCGACUGUGAGACGCAAGCCUAAGAAGUCGAAGUUGUCUGCAAAAUCUAAGGAGGCAUCAAAGACGACAGAUGACGUCAAGGCGUGA